ACUAGCGCCGCGGUGGCGGCGGCGGCUGCUUUUUAAAAAUGAACGCGGCGCGUGAUCGGUUGACGGUUUGAAGUUUGAAGCAUUUGAAGCUGCUUCUUGUCAACCCGGAAAGGCAGUGGGCGGUGUUUGGAUUUCUGUCUUUUUCGUGGGAAGACGUUCGAAGGCCGUCAAAAUUGAGGACCUCGAGUCUGCCAUCUUGGACAUCUGUGCCCGGACCCAGGCCCGUGCAGAGGCCCGCGGCAGGAUGCUCCACACGUCGCUUCUGUCGAGCAAACGGAAAAGGGACGACCCUGCCGCCCCUCUUCAAGACCAUGGGACCGCAAUGGAGUCACCAUCGAAGGAUCCUAGCAAGCGCCUGUGCUCGCCCAAAAUGGUCCAAGACCUGCCCGAUGAAGACAAAGAAAAUGCGCCAGCACCGGUGCCACACAAGGCAACCAGGGGAAUCGCGGUUGACUCACCAAUGGAGAUUCAAAACGAAGACGCCAAGGUGGGCCUCAGCAAAGCAGACGACGCAAGAACUGCGCCAGUUUCCGUUUUUAAGGAGCCGUCUGCCGUGAAGAAAUCUGCACUGCUCGACGCACAUCGUCCCGAGCAGAAGCCCUCGAAGGUCGACACUCUUCCCUCGACGGUGUCUGUGGCCGCCAGGGCAGCCCUCUUUGAAACCGCCAUUGGCACGGUCACCGGCACCAUGCCCGCUCCGAAAAGGAUCCCCGUUCGACCAACGCUGAAGCAGGCGUUCUCUACUGUCGACGUUGCGCCAGCAUCCGCAAAGAAGUUAAUGUCGAGCGUUGGUUCCUCUCCAUCAACGCCGCUUUCCAACCCUCCCUGCACGCCUGCAGACGAGAUGGAGACUCCUCCGCCUGCAGUAAAGUCUGCUGCGACUAGACCUGGGACGCCGAGGCGACCAGAGUUGCCGCAGAUGGCCAUAAAGACCAUUCCCGGUACUCCCAGACCCCAGUCCGCAAAUGAUGUCCAUCAGACCGACGUGGGUGGUGCUGAUCUCAAGAAGUGUGUGGAGAAGAUUACAGGCACUUCUGAAGACGACCAACACCAACCAAUUGCCACUGAAGAGAAGGAGAAAAUUCAGACGGAUUUUGAAGCCGGUCUUCCCUCUGGCGGAACCGGAGUGCCGCCGUCGCAAGUGUUCAAGGCGCCGCCCACUCCCGAAGCUGUCGAGAAGCCCAGAGACAAGGCCUUUCCUGCAACUCCGCCAGUCCAGGAAAAGAAACAGCAUCAAGUGGCAGAGUUUGUGCAGGCAGACCUGAAAGGCUGUGUCCUACAAGGCAAAGAUAGCGUGCAGUCGACAAAAACCGGCAGGACCUCUUCUAUUUCAAAGGCUCUCUUUGUCGAGCAUUGCAAUGGCGAACCUGCCCCCAUGUCUCCCCUCAUUCAAGAGAAAGUCAACCUUCACGUGGCCGAAAUUAAAAGACUGGAGACCGAUCGAGCUGUGCCUGAGGAUAACCAGGCUCCUAGCACAUUGCAAGAGAUUCCGAGGGAUUUGGUGGCGGCCAGGCAGCAGAUGUUCUCAGAGGAGCUGCUCGACGAGACCGACCUCAUGAGUCCCGAAGAGACGGCCAUAUUCGACGAGAUGGACGACAUUCUCGACGAGUACAGCGAUGGCAGCUCCCAGGCAGACCUUGUGUCCCUGAACUCGUGCACCUCUUCUCCUGCCAAAUCCGAGAGCCGGUUUCCCCUGACCGACGCCGGCAAGAAGCCAAGCCCCCAGGACGAUUCUGCCAAGAGCGACGUGACGCCCAAACGUGAGCUGCAUCGCACCAUCAGCCUCUUCCGCCGACGGAUGGAGCAGUGCGCCACGCCCAAGCGGACCAGCACCGGCUGGGGCUUCAGCCCUAAGCCCUCCACCAGCGACGCUCCAAUGCCCGGCCCAGAGGCGCUCAUGUCGCUCGGGGACAGGAUCAGGGCUCUCCAGGAAGAAGUGAAGGCUCAGCAGACCAUCAUAAGCCAGGCCAGCCAGGCUUUGAACCUCUGCCAGGCGUCGGCGGAGUUUGUCGGUUCCCCGGAGCAGACGGAGGCCGAGAGGUUGCUUCUCAUAGCGACCCAAAGGAGGCUGGCCUGCAUCAACGAGAUGCAGAGGCUGAAGGCCAGCGGGGACGUCCUGGAAAGCAACACCCCCAGGGGCACUCUCGUCCUCUCCGAGCUAUGGAUUCCGGCCAAGCCGGAGAUGCUGGCAGCUUCCAAGGAGCUCGAGAAAAACAAUGAGAUCAUCUACUUUAUGUUCCUGGCCCAGUAUCGCUCCAAGGUCUAUGCCUCUCCUCUGCUGUCAAACGAGGACCUGACUGAGAAGCAGCAGUCUUUCCUGUUUCGGGAGCCAGUCACCAUCUCCAACAUGAACGAGGACUUCCAAGUUUCCGUCGAGGUUUAUGCCCUCAAAACAACGAAGGGAGUCAUCCCUCACGAUAAGAAGUACCACAUCAAGAAGGUGAGUUCUUGCUCGCAAGGGCCAGCAAAAGCUGCCCAAACAUACUUCUUUGUAUGGUUUCAGGAAAGUCUGAGGAUCAAGCUGUCUUCUAAGGGAAAAAAAACCGACAGUGUCUUCCUAUCUCCUGUCGUCUCUAGUCCCGGUGGGCCCGACGCUGUCCGCACGUCCAGCUUCCAGAAGCUGGGGUCAUUCGUCCUCAACUCUCUGACGUGCGGCCAGAAAGUCUUCGCACUCUCUAAGGUGCCAAACUCCUUCCACCUGGAAGACAAAGUGGCGGUGAAGAUUCAACUCCAUGCGGAGCACAAUGUUGAGCAUCAUGGAUUUCUGACCCUGUUUGAGGAAGUUGGAGGUUAUGGGGCAUGGACGAGGCUCUGGUGCGUCUUGAAAGGAAGCCACAUUCUCUGCUGGAGGUACCCCGACGAGGAGACUACAAAGGCACCCUUGGACUCCAUCGACCUGCGGCAGUGCAUCAGUGCCGCUCCGGAACGACUCUCCAUCGUGGAGUGCGCUCGCCCACACACCUUCAAGCUGGUGGUGGUGCAAGCCCUGGAGGUCUGCAAGGGUGACAGCCUCACCACCACGAGGCACUCCACUCUUGCCACCACCAAGCACCUGUUCUCGGCCGACAGCAAGGAGGAGCUGCAAGAGUGGUGUGCCAAGUUCAGCGCUGCGCUCACCUGCAUCCGCAGGUGGAACCCAAAGGCCUACAAGGCCAUGGACAUUGGGCAGCUCCUCUGAUGCAACAUUUUCCCAGUUGUCCGAUCUUACCGACCUCAAUUGUAUACAAAAAAAUGUUUGUGAGGUGGUCUUCAACGAAGGUCCUUGCACGAUGAAGUUUUCCAACAUUUUUUUUCCUUCCCAAUGCACCCCCUUUUUGGUUUGUGGAGUGUCUACAAGUGUGUGUAUGCAGAUUUUAUGCAUUCUUAUUUUUCGGAAGAUUUUUCUUGUCUACAUGUGUGUAUACAGGUUUUAUGUAAUUUUAUUUUGCAAUAGAGAUUUCUAUACAUAUAAUUUAGAAUAAUCUUUUUAUAAAUAGUGCUUUUACUAUUUUGUAUAGACGUGCAAGUCAGGUUUGGCUGCAUCUCCCGCAUUUUUCUGCUGGACCCUAGGAAUAAAGCUUCUGCUGUAUACAGGCA